GUCACCCUUGCAAUUAUGGAUAUUUAAAAGGAUCACACAGUGUGGAGGGGGAGUUCCCCUCCUCACUCCCCCUUGGUGCUUGACUCUAGGAAUAAUUUAUAAACUGUGGAAAGUUUUUUAAAAAAUAAAUUUGAUACAGACUUUAUAAAAGAGCUGUUUAUAAUUUUUUUGAUUUAAGUGCCAAAAUAAAUUGUACAAAGAUACAUAGUUUUAUACUGCUGCCUUAGGAUUUAAAUUAUAAUCCUCAAAAGGCAAUUUAUUCUCUGUAAUUCAUCUUGAAUAUACCUUUGGGUCCUAACAUUUUCAUUUUUAAAAAAGUUUGUCUUAACUGACUAUUCUGAGGAAGUAAACAGUAUAUAAAAUAUUAGGAUGAAUUCUGCCCCUGACUGUACGUCAAAAUGUCGAUCCCUGAAGCAUGCUUUAGAUGUCCUCUCUGUAGUGACAAAGGGGAGUGAAGGCCAGAUUAAGGCUUUUCUCUCUAGUCAUUGUUACAAUGCUGCAACUAUCAAGGAUGCCUUUGGCAGAAAUGCCCUCCACCUGAUUUCCUCCUGUGGAAAGAAAGGAGUGCUAGAUUGGCUUAUUGAGAAAGGAGUGGAUCCCUUGGUGAAAGACAAGGAGUCAGGAUGGACAGCUUUGCACAGAAGCAUUUUUUAUGGGCAUAUUGACUGUGUUUGGUCUCUUUUGAAGCAUGGUGUUAGUCUAUAUAUUCAAGAUAAAGAAGGUUUGUCAGCUUUGGAUCUUGUAAUGAAAGAUAGACCAACUCACGUAAUAUUCAAGAAUACUGAUCCUACAGACGUCUAUACUUGGGGAGAUAAUACCAAUUUCACCCUGGGUCAUGGAAGCCAAAAUAGCAAGCAUCAUCCAGAGUUGGUGGAUCUAUUCUCUAGGAAUGGAAUUUAUAUCAAGCAGGUGGUGCUUUGCAAAUUUCACUCAGUGUUUCUGUCUCAGAAAGGGCAGGUUUAUACCUGUGGUCACGGUCCUGGAGGACGUUUAGGACAUGGAGAUCAACAGACAUGCUUGGUCCCCAGGCUUGUGGAAGGACUGAGUGGUCACAGUUGUUCCCAGGUGGCAGCUGCUAAGGAUCAUACUGUUGUUUUAACUGAAGAUGGAUGUGUUUAUACUUUUGGUCUAAAUGUUUUUCAUCAAUUAGGGCUUACUCCACCACCUCCCAGUUGUAAUAUACCCAGACAGAUACAGGCAAAAUACCUGAAAGGGAGAACAAUAAUAGGAGUAGCAACGGGUAGGUUUCAUACCGUGCUGUGGACUAGAGAAGCUGUUUACACUAUGGGACUGAAUGGUGGACAACUAGGUUAUUUAGUUGAUCCCAAUGGAGAAAAGUGUGUAACUGCCCCUCGUCAAGUCUCAGCUCUUCAUCAUAAGGAUAUCAGUUUAUCCUUGGUUGCUGCAAGUGAUGGGGCCACAGUCUGUGUUACCACAAGGGGAGACAUUUACUUACUUGCAGACUAUCAGUGCAAGAAGAUGGCUUCUAAACAACUAAACUUGAAAAAGGUUCUUGUUUCUGGAGGACGUAUGGAAUACAAGGUUGAUCCUGAACAUUUGAAAGAAAAUGGUGGUCAAAACAUUUGCAUUCUUGCAAUGGAUGGAGCUGGAAGGGUGUUUUGUUGGAGAUCUGUUAGCAGUUCUAUGAAGCAGUGCCGAUGGGCCUAUCCACGCCAGGUCUACAUUUCUGAUAUUGCUUUAAAUAGAAAUGAAAUUCUAUUUGUCACUCAAGAUGGAGAAGGAUUUAAAGGGAAGUGGUUUGAGGAGAAAAGAAAGAGCUCUGAAAAGAAAGAGAUUUUACCAAGUCUUCAUAAUUCCUCAUCAGAUGUGUCUUGUGUCUCUGAAAUAAAUAACAUAUAUGAAAGAAUUCGACUUGAGAAACUUACAUUUGCCCAUAGAGCUGUUAGUGUCAGCACAGAUCCAAGUGGGUGCAACUUUGCAAUCCUGCAGUCAGAUCCUAAAACAAGCCUUUAUGAAAUUCCAGUUGUGUCAUCAUCAUCCCUUUUUGAAGAGUUUGGCAAACUGUUGAAGGAAACAGAUGAAAUGGACAACAUUCAUGAUGUGACAUUUCAAGUUGGCAAUAGACUCUUCCCUGCACAUAAAUAUAUUUUGGCAGUGCGUUCUGACUUUUUUCAGAAAUUGUUUAUUUCAGAUGGUACUACUUUAGACUUUGCAGAAGUUUACCGGAAAGAUGAAGAUUCUUCAGGAUGCCAUCUCUUUGUGGUAGAGAAGGUUCAUCCUGACUUAUUUGAAUACCUUUUACAAUUCAUAUACACAGACACUUGUGACUUUUUAACUCAUGGCUACAAACCAAGAAUACACUUAAACAAAAAACAGGAAGAAUAUCAGAGCACUCUGAAUUCUCAUGUGAAUAAAAUGAAUUGCUGUGAAGAUAAUAAUCAGAAGUCAACAUUUGAAGUUUAUGAAAGUAAUCAGGCUCAAACAACUGGUGAAAGGCAGAAAAGAAAAUCUAAAUCUUCAAAAAAAGGAAAAAGUGUUGGGGAAGAUGAUCCUGUAAGAAUGUUGCAAAAUGUUGCAAAGAAAUUUGGUUUCAAUAAUUUGAGUAGUAGGUUAGAUGGAGUCAGAUUUGAAAAUGAAAAAAUUAAUGUUAUCGUCAAGAAAACUGGUAAUAAACCAAAAUUAAGUCAGAAAAAAUGUUCAUUUCUGUGUGAUGUGACCAUGAAAUCAUUGGAUGGAAAGGAAUUUCCUUGUCAUAAAUGUGUUCUUUGUGCCAGACUUGAAUAUUUUCAUAGUAUGCUGAGUAGCUCAUGGAUUGAGGCUUCCAGUUGUGCAGCUCUGGAAAUGCCAAUACAUUCUGACAUACUGCAAGUUAUUUUGGACUACCUCUAUACUGAUGAAGCUGUGGUGAUAAAAGAAUCUCAAAAUGUGGAUUUUAUUUGUAGUGUUCUUGUGGUGGCUGAUCAGUUUCUCAUAACUCGAUUGAAAGAGAUUUGUGAAGUAGCAUUAACUGAAAAACUUACCCUUAAAAAUGCUGCUAUGCUGCUUGAAUUUGCAGCAAUGUAUAAUGCUGAACAAUUGAAACUGUCUUGUUUACAGUUUAUAGGACUGAAUAUGGCAGCUUUACUUGAAGCAAGGUCUCUUGAUGUUUUAAGUGAUGAUGUUUUGAAGGAUCUUUCUGUGUAUUACCGAAAAAUGAUCCCAGCAAUGGAUAGAAGGGUUAUUACACCCUAUCAAGAUGGACCGGAUAUUAGCUAUUUGGAAGUAGAAGAUGGAGAUAUCUUUUUGAAAGAUGAAAUAACUAUGGAACAAAAUUAUUUGGAAACUAUGUUCAAGAAAGCAAAAACAAAAGCAAAAAAGAAGUCACGUAAGCGUUCUGAUAGUUCUGGAGGUUAUAACCUUUCAGACGUUAUUCAGAGUCCACCAUCCACAGGAUUAGUAACAUCAGGUAAAACCUAUUCUGUGGAAUCUCUCCCAGAACUAUUAACUUCAGACUCUGAAGGAAGCUAUGCAGGAGCGGGUAGUCCUAGAGAUUUACAGUCUCCUGAUUUCACAGCAGGAUUUCAUUCAGAUAAGAUUGAGGGGAAAAUUAAACCAUGUGUUAAUGGCACACCUCCUACAUAUUCUAGAGAAGAUUUAAAACCCCUGGAAAAAUCACCAGUACUUAAAACAUCUGCUCCACAGCCCAUUCCUGGUAACACAGUUGAUGGUACAAGCUCUUCCAUUUGGGUUGUUGGCUCUUUCAGUCCUGUCAGCCCUCCUGUCAUGGAUCUCAGAACCAUCAUGGAAAUGGAAGAAAGUAGACAGAAAUGUGGAGCUACACCAAAGACAAAUUUGGGCAAAGUGAUUUCUCAUGGAAUCAAACUUUCUCAGAAGCAAAGAAAAAUGAUUGCAAUGACUACCAAAGAAAACAAUUCAGGAAUGAAUAGCUUGGAAACAGUUUUAAAGGCUCCUUCAAAAGCCCCCAAACCAGUGAAUGCAUGGGCUUCGUCUCUACAUUCAGCAUCAUCCAAGUCAUUUUGGGAUCUCUUAUUAGAAGAAAAAAGAUCUGUCUUCGGCCUUAGUUCAGAAGAUCACAUAAAAAAAAAAUGUUUUAAAGGAAUCGAAAGUUCCCAAAGUCCAAAAGUCAUAAGAUGCUGUACCCACAGUACUCCAGGACCAGAAGGCCACCACAUUUCAGAUUUACCACUUCUAGACAGUCCCAAUCCUUGGCUGUCUUCUUCAUUGACUGCUUCUCCAGUAGCCCCAGUCACUUUUGCAUCUAUUGUGGAAGAAGAGCUACAACAAGAAGCAGCUCUUAUCAGAAGCCGAGAAAAACCCUUGGCUGUGAUUCAGAUUGAAGAGCAUGCUAUACAAGACUUACUGGUCUUCUAUGAGGCAGUUGGCAACCCUGAUGAAUUUGUCAUUGUUGAAAGGACACCACAGGGACCGCUGGCAGUACCUAUGUGGAAUAAGCAGGGAUGUUAG